AUGGAGAUUGGCUGCUACAUGUGGUUGGGAGAGGGAGCACAUUGUUGAAAUGACAACCCUGUUAGUUUGUCCGGAAUCUUUGCGCGCCAGUUAGCGCUGACUGCCUCGGACAUCUCGAAGUCUCCUCGUUCAGCCCACCUGGCUGAUUUUAAUGUUCGCGCUCUGAAGGAGGCAGGACAACAAGUUGUUCUUGCUCUUAAACUAGACUCGCUUGAUGCUGAUGUGUGUGCGGCUAUACUUGGCGUCAAUAUGCUGGUCGGUUUGGUGGUUCUAGGGUUUUCCGUAUACGUCUCUCAAGAACCUGAGGCACAAGAUAUCAUACGGGCGUCCGGACACUAUGUGGCUGUUCAGAUCGCUCUCUACGCUCUCAUGGGAGUCGGCGGUAUCACUCUAAUCACUGCCCUUUUCGGAUGCUGUGGAGCCUAUCACGAAUCACAGUGCCUGCUCGGUGCAUACUUCAUAAUACUGUUGGUAAUAUUCACCUCUCAAGUUACCGGAGCUACUCUUGGCUAUGUGUUCCGGGAGGAGCGUCACUUCGAUUUACGGUUGCUUAUGAUAAUCUGUAUUGCUAUCUCUUGCCUUGACUCGUUUCCUGACCAGAUAAUGCAACAUGUUGAGCAACAGAUGUUUGAGGGAGUGGAGGAAUACUCAAUGCUUCGCGAUCAACGUGAGAAUCCGUCGCCCUUCAUGGACAACAUACAUCGAGUGCUCCAGUGUUGCGGAGUUAACGGUUACACCGAUUAUCGCGACAGAAUCCCGGUCACUUGCUGUGACCGCCGUAAGAGUAAUUGCAAUGAGCUUCAGCUCACUCCUGAUGAAGUCUAUACAGAAGGCUGUAAGGAAAAGUACAAGCGAUUCUUCAAGGACAAGUUGAUAGUUUUUUUCCUCAUAGCGGUGUCAAUUGCCGCCUUCGAGAUCUUCUGUCUGCUCUUUUCUAUGGUAUUGUGCUGUGCCAUACGACAAUACCAUUCGGACUAUUACGGCGUGGACUAUGCCAUAGCAACUUAAGUGACCCGUAGUUGCCUGCACACCAACUACUGCUUCGUUUUGAUUCAACCCGCGUUGGAGAUCCCCUGUUCCGACGACAAAUCUGGACAUUUUUCACAAGUUUUGAUUUCCCCCAUUUGCCCAACCGUACCGGUUGAUUUCUUUCUUACCACUACUACAACUGUUUCUGCCACCGCACAACUAACCAUGUUGCCGCGCUCGUACUGGACACGAACUCGGUGGUUACUUGUGUUUUAGGUCUCCCCACCCAUGUGCAAUCGUAAAUGUCUACGCAAUCAUUAACGCCAACGACGCUGCCAGGCGUCCAUAAACUGAUCAUGUCGGUUUAAUUCAUCCGCGCUUUUCUAGUCCAACAGUUUUAUCAUCUUUUUAUUCUCUGUAAUCUAUUUGGCCAUUUCGUCCACUGCAUUUCCCCCGUCUAACGCACAAUGUUUUGCCUUUUUUUGUUGAUUUGCGUUUCUGAUCGUCCUUUACUUCUAACCAAAAUUAACUGACCGCUUUAGACACCUGCAGUCUUCCACAACAACAGCUAAGAUGAAUUAGUUAUUAGGGAACAAACUGUACAGCCCAAUCUCCAAUCGAUCGGCAGAAACGUCUGUUUUUUUCUAGGUAGUUUCGUUUUAGCUUGAAUUCCCAAAAGGCGGAUCGAACCCAAUUCCCUACGCCAGUAGCUUUCAUUGUGAUCAGUCGCUGUAAUUAUUCACCCGCUUUCUAACAUCUCGUCUCUGUGAACUUAUUUAGGACUUGCUUAUUCCUACGUCCUACUGUUUUUCUUCAGUUCUCCUGGUGCACUUUAUAUUGUCUUUUAUGUUCCAUACCAUUGGUAGCGGUCAGCCUUCCAGUGUUCGCAUUGCUUUUGCUUUCAAGCAUAAUCUUUUCAUUGAUAAUAAUUCCAUAAAUCCUAUAAUAUUUCCGUCUAAGGUUGUUUGUUUUUACAGUUCGG